GGAGAGAGCAUUUGUUGAUUGCAAGAAAUUGAAAACAGUGCAGUGGCUAAAAAAACUUUCAAUAUUUUUUUAGUUUUUGGUCUAUAAUUAAAUUUUCUAUGGAGUUUUGUGAUCUUAUUAAAACGCCAAAGCUUGAGAAUGUCAUACUCCACACGCAGUUAAAAGAUCCAAUUGUGGGAAGUUUUUGUUUGACAUUCUCACAUAUAAUUAUCAGUUCAAGAAAGAAUGAAAAUUCCGAAUUCGAGCUAUGGCUACUGCAUCAAAACAUCGACACAGUGGAGAGGAAACCUUAUUUAGUAAAUCAGCAGUUGAUAGAUUUACCAGGAAAAGGUCAUCAGCUGAUAUUGAAAUGUAAAGAUCUUAGUAUUAUUAUCAUCGAGAUAUCCACAGCACAAGACUUCCUUAAUGUUGCUUCAUCAAUUGAGCAGUUGAGUAGCAUACGAGAUCCUAAAAUGCUGUAUGCUUUCUACUAUCGGCCCAUGUAUAGUCUACUUGAAAAUGGAUUCACCAUGUUCAGACCAGAGAUAGAAUUCUCAAAGUUGCUAGCAAGUGAAGAAUGGCGCAUAUCAAAUGUUAACAACACUUACGAAGUUUGCUCAUCAUAUUCAAGUAAAGUUAUUGUUCCCAAGAUGAUAACCGACGAGCAAUUGAUUCAAUCAUCAACAUUUAGAGAAGAAGGAAGAUUCCCUUUGCUUUCAUAUAAACAUGAAAGUAAUGGUGCAACAAUGAUGAAGUCAUCGCAACCAAAUCCAAAUACAUCGAAACGAUGUCGGGCAGACGAAGCAAUUCUCAAUUAUCUUCUCACAAAAAGUCAAAAAGGAUUUAUUGUUGAUACUUGGGGAGGUGGAAAGAAUCCUUCUAAGUCAAAUAGUGAGAAUGAGCAACAUUACAGUCAGUGGAAGAAAGUUGUUCGACCGAUAGGAAAUUUUAAUCACCCCUCAGGGAUUUUAGAUUGUUUUGCAAAAAUCGUCGAAGCUUGUAAUGACACAAAUUCAACGACUGAAAAGUGGCUUUCAAGAUUGGAAGCAUCUGGAUGGUUAACACUUGUUCUGAAUUCUCUUAACACAUCUUGCAUUGUUGCACAAUGUCUGGCACAGGAAGGAGCUCCAGUUUUAGUUCAUGGUGGUAAAGGCAUGGAUUCAACUCUCAUUGUGACGUCACUUGUACAAAUUAUUCUCAAUCCCGAUUGUCGUACUGUUCGUGGACUUCAAGCUCUUAUCGAUCGUGAAUGGUUACAAAGUGGACAUCCAUUUGGUACGAGACAUUGUCAAUCAUGUUACACAUCACCAACAAAUCGAUUGAAAACAUCUGGUGCGAGUUUUGUUUUAUUUCUCGAUUGUGUUUAUCAACUUUAUACACAAUUUCCUUGUAGUUUCGAGUUUGAUUCACAUUUAUUAAUCAUUCUUUUUGAACAUAGUUACUUUUCUCAAUAUGGAACAUUUAUAGCAGACUCUGAGAAUGAAAGAAUUGAAUUAAUGGCAUUUAAUAAAACCACUAGUUUGUGGUCACAUCUCAAUCGGCCUGAUGUCAUGACAUCACUUCUCAAUCCUGCCUACGAGCCUAAUCAAUCAAUUAUUUGGCCAUCAGUUGCACCACUCAGUCUAGUGCUUUGGUCUGACUUGUAUCUAAGAUUUGUUGUUGAAAAUCCAUAUACAAAAAAAAUAACGCAACAGAUUCAAGUUAUGCUUAAUACGGAAAAGGAAUUGAGAUCACGUGUCGUUCGACUAAGAAAGCAAUUGACGGAUUUACAGAAAGAAUAUGAUGAAGCUAGAGGCGAUGAAACUAAUAACAAUGACAAUAGCAAUACUAUUUCAAAUACAUCAUUGCUCAAUGGUGCUAAUUGAAUUAAUUUCUUGGUCUCAGAUUAAUUUUUUGUAAUCAUAUCAAUGACUGCUGUUUUCUUUCAUUUAAUUUAACAUAACUGAGUUCAUUAUAUGGCCUAGUAUAAGUUGUUUAGAAGGAAAAUAAUGAAACAUGAGCUUAAAUGUUAAAGACAGUCAAAUGAGUAAAUUCGGGAAGAAACUUCAAAUUAGAAAUGUUAAUGCUAAGUUUUAGAAUUUCUGUUGCAAUUUCUUUGUUUCUCAAAAUCCUAUAAUUAAUCAACAAUUUUAAUUUCGUAAUGAAAUUAAAAUGCCUAAAGUUUAAUUCACCUACAUAGAUAUAUAGCUUUUUUAGUUUUGUCAUUAAAUUAAAUUUAAUUAGAAAUCAUGAGCAUGACAAACAUUGAAAGAGGCUUAUGGCUAAUAAAAAAAAAAUUAUAGAUAGCAAAAAAGAAAUCAAUUAGAUAAUUCAUAAGUGAACUUAAGUUUUAUGAAGUUUUCAUAACAUAUUCCCACCCACGCAAUUCCCUUUUGAAAUAAAAAAGAAGUAUGACAUCCAAUAAGGAUUUUAAUAAAUCUCGAAUCACA